AGUCACCAUGUCAGACCAGGAGGAGGAGGCCCCCGAAGUGAGGGAGCCAGCGUGCCUGCUGUGUGGACGACCAGAGGCUGACCCGGACACGUAUGGAGAAAAAGUUCAUACAAAUGGAGUCUGUGCCCACGAGUUCUGCCUGUUUUUUGCCAGCAACCUUCCUCACCACCCAGUUGAUCGAGAAGGACACAGGGCUUUUCUCCCACGGGAUAUCCUAGAUGUAGUCUCUCGGGCAGCACAGAAGAGCUGCUUCAUCUGUGGCCAGAGUGGGGCCACCAUCACCUGCUGUGAAAGAGACUGUGACCUGAGCUUCCACCUGCCCUGCGCCAAGCAGGGAGGAUGUGUCACCCAGUUCAGCAGACCAUACAGGUCCUUCUGUCCCACACACAGCCCCCAGCAGGAAGUGGAGGCCACUCCGGAGCUGGGCACCAAUUGCCUCAUCUGCAUGGAGCCCGUGGAGGACAGAAAGACCUUCAACACCAUGGUGUGCCCAGCAUGCAAAAACGCCUGGUUCCACAGGGAUUGUAUUCAAGGACAGGCUCUGCAUGCUGGUUUUUUAUCACUCCAGUGCCCCCUCUGCAGAAAUAGAGACACAUUUGUCAUGGAUUUGACCACCAUGGGGAUACGAAUCCCCUUCGGGUUGGUGUCCUUCUGUCUGGCUCACAACACAGGGGGUGCAAGUGCUGUGCUGUGGCAGGGUCUGCCCCAGCAGUCCUGGCCCUGCACUGUUCUGUGA